CRACGACGAACAGGAGGGUGCACCUACAGUGAACGGUAAGAUGGUGAGCGAACCGUGUAGAUGGGAAGAGAUCUCCAAUCGGAUGAAGGAGGUGGGAGUGGUGAAGGAUGCAGAAAAUUGCAGGUGUAAGUGGGAUCAGGAGAUGUGUCAUUAUCGCAAGAUACAUGACUAUCAGGGGGGCUCUGGAACGCCGGAUUUCUUUGCUAUCUGCUUUGAGAAGCGAAAGAAGCGCAAAAUACCGUAUUGCAUGCGGAGGGAAGCGUACGACGUUUUCGACGAGCUGUAUGGGAAGGAGGACGAGUCUAUCAGCCUCCUCAUCUGUCAGAAACGGAAGUUGGGUACGCGGCCUCCGGAGGAGGUUCUAGCGGCGUGGAGAGGAGCACUGCAAACGCUGGUCAAGCCAGGAGACGGAAAAGCAUUCGCGAGAAGGUGGGCAAGCCACGGGGUGAAGGAGAAGGAAAAGCAUUCGCGAGAAGGUGGGCACCGGCAUGUCCGACUCCAUCGACGCACACGGAGCCGCCUUGACACCUGCCCUCGAUCGGGCGUUUCACAGGCAGGAUAAGUCGGACGACAG